AUGGCGCUGGUCGCCGAUGUGCCGCCGCCGACGGCGACGUCCAUGGCGAAGCUCUUCCAGGAGUCCUCCUUCGAUCCUGUGACGACGUUCGAGGCAGUAUGGUUGCCUCCCCGGGUUCCUGCCGCGCCGCCUACCGCUGGUGCAUCGGAGCCGGUGCCGUUUGCGGCAGUAGUGGACGUGCUGGCAGACAUCAGCGCCACCGGCUCGCGGCUUGAGUGCUUGAAGCAGCUUACCUUUCUGCUGCUUGCUGUUAUCGAGCGGUGCCCAGAGGACUUGGUGCCGGUGAUGUACCUGGUGAUCAACAAGCAUGCGCCGCAGCACGAGGGCGUGGAGCUAGGCAUCGGUGAUGCGGUGCUGGUGAAGGCGGUGGCCGAGUGCUGCGGCAUGACGGAGACGCGAGCCAAAGAGGAGUACCGGCAGAGCGGCGAUUUGGCGGAAAUCGCGCAGAUGCAUAAGCAGAAGCAAGGUACGCUCAUGAAACCGAAGCCGCUCUCCGCUCGGAGCGUGUUCAAGACAUACAAGGAGAUCGCUAUGAUGAGCGGCAGGGAUGUGAUGCGGCGGCGGUCGGACUUGAUCAAGGGGCUUUUGCGCGACGCACAGGGCCCGGAGGUGAACUUGAUUGUGCGUGGGCUUCAGCAGAAGAUGCGCAUUGGCCUUGCCGAGCCAUCCGCCUUGGCAGCUGUGGGGUACGCCUUCGCUCUUCACUUCCUCGGUGGCGCGCAAAUGCACAAGAUGGACGAGGUGCAGCUGCAGACGCUGCUUAAUACCGGCGCCGACAGUCUCGCGCGUAUCUUCUACGAGGUUCCAAGUCUCGACGUGGUUCUGAGCGCGGUGCUUGCGAACGGCUUCAUGACCUUGGUGCCGGGUAGCUCCAUCGCGAAGCAGUAUGCAAAGGACUUGUCCAUUCGGCCUGGGCUGCCGGUGAAGCCCCAGUUAGCGUACCCGACGAGCAGUAUCACCGUCAUCCUGGACCGCCUGCAGGGCAAGAAGUUCACGUCGGAGUACAAGUACGACGGUGAGCGCGCGCAGAUCCACUAUGACAAAGACAAAGGCUUCCAUAUCUUUUCCCGCAACUCCGAGACUCACACCGGCAAAUACCCGGACGUCAUUUCGAUGCUGCCAAAAGUCUUUGAUCCAGUCGAAGUGCAGUCUUUCAUCCUCGACUCGGAGGUUGUGGCGGUGCAUUCGGAGACCGGUGCCCUUCAGGCCUUCCAAGUGCUGCAGCAUCGUGGCCGAAAGAACAUUGCAGAGGAGGAUGUCAGCAUUCCCGUCUGCGUGUUUGUGUUUGACAUCCUGUACUUCAACGGAGAGCCGCAGCUGAAUAAGACACUGCAGCAGCGUCGCGAGCUGCUGUGGCGGUGCAUCCAUCCCCUCCCGGCAAAGCUGUCGUUUGCCACGCACUUGGAUUCGGAGAAGGUCGAGGACGUGCAAACGUUUUUGGAGAGGUCCAUCGCGGACGGCUGCGAAGGAUUAAUGGUGAAGACGCUCGAGGAGGAAGCCAACUACACCCCCGCCAAGCGCUCGCACUACUGGCUGAAGCUGAAGAAGGACUACAUGGACGGCGUCACCGAUACGCUGGAUCUUGUCCCCAUCGCCGCUUUCUACGGCAAGGGCAAGCGAACUGGCGUGUUUGGCGGCUUCCUGCUGGCGUGCUACGACCCGAAGGCGGAUGAGUACCAGAGCAUCUGCAAAAUCGGCACCGGCUUCCAGGACGAAGAGCUGGAGAAGCUCACGCAGUCCCUUAAGCCGUUCGUGGUGGACGAAAAGCCGCGCUACUACCGCGCGGGUGGGGAGGAACCGGAUGUUUGGCUCACCGAGGCGCAGGUGUGGGAGGUGAAGGCGGCGGACCUGUCAGUGUCGCCAGUUCAUCAGGCAGCCGUGGGGCUCGUGGACCCCGACAAGGGCAUCGCGCUGCGCUUUCCUCGCUACCUGCGCCAGCGCGAGGACAAGAAACCCGCAGACGCCACAAACGCACGGCAGGUGGCGGACAUGUACAAAGCGCAGUCCUUAGCAGCCGAACACGACGCGAACGGGGACGCCGAGUGA